AUGCUCGACUUAAAAAGGUGCUUGGAGGAGCUCUUGUACAAUAAUGUGACAUUACUGUGUUUCUCUCGAUUUUUUUUUCCUUCUGAAGGUACUGGUGUCAGUCUUUGUUGGAAGUGCAGUAAGUCAUUCCCAGAUGACCAGUACUGCCAACAUCUGAAUAAAUGCAGUGCCGCCCAUAAGCUGCCAAAAGUUCUUGCUGGCCAGUCAGCUUCAAAAUUCAGCAGUGAUCCACCACAAUCUUCCUAUCUGUCUCCCUCUUCCUGCUCUGAGAAUGCAAUGGUAUGGAAAGAUGUCCAUCCCAGAAGGAAAGAAAGGAACCAGCCAUUGAUCUCCAAAACUUUGCUUAAACUCUCAAAGAACAAAAAGAUGACUUUCCCCUCUCUCCCAAGAUGCAGACUUUCCACAUCACCGCAAGCUCUUGAAGACACCCAGUCUUUAGAUCUGCUGGUGACCUGUGUUCAUAGCAACAUUCUGCCACUUCCAACCCUUCAGAGGCAUGAGAUCAAAUAUCUGGUUUUGACAUCACUGAAAAAUGCCAGGGUGAAACAAGAAUCAAGCCAUGGAGAAAAAGGUACUGCAGAAUUUCAGAAAUUUGGAACAGAAUUAAUCAUUCAGGAUUAUUCUACAUUGUGUUGAGAGGAAUAAUGGGGUAUUUUGCAGAGGAAGUGCAUCUAGAAACGCUAAUACUCAGAAUAUCACAAAGCUCUUUAGAUUCCAACACACAGUAGGUUCCCAUGAGGUUGCAUUAAGCAAGCAUUGCUUCAGAGCCAGUGUUUUCACUCUCUUAACUCAGACUAACACAUAUUGUGCCUCUCAAAUUAUGCUACUGUGAACAGUGCAGUAUCUUCCCUACUGUAAGCAGAGAUCAGCACUAAAGAUUUCACAGAACGGAUGUUCUGCCUCAGUCUGUCUGCUCCCAACACCAAUGG